UUCGCGUGAACAACGUUUUAACGGAGCGCAGUGUUCGGAAAAAAUUCUAAAAAAAUUUUAAGAAAAAAGCAGUAACGUUUUCUAACUGUUUCUGUCGGGAUCGGCUCGCGACUGUGUGUCUGUGUGUUUGUGUGUGAGUGAGCAGCACGCUAUGAAUCCAAUUGACCGCAUUGCGUUUCCAUUUCCGUUUCCGCUCGAACUCGCGUUCUCUAUAAUCGAUACUUCUGCCUUGAAUGUACAACAUCUGUGACUGUGAUUGUGACUGUUUUCUGUGCUCCACUUGCUGGAAAAAUAAUACCCACUAUAACAAACAAAUAUAAUAACAAUAAAUAAAGGCGAAAUUGAUUAGAGCGAUUCAUAGACAUGUUGAUUGAGCCGACUUUAAACCGUGACCUUGGCUCGCUUACUGUCGCUAAUUCUGGCCUCUCGGCCGCGCAUUGGAAAAUGGAGCCCCAUCCCCAACGCAUCACAUCGCUGGCCCCUCACGCUUCCAGUGUAGUGGCAGCAGCAGCAGCAGCGGCAGCGGCGGCAGCAGCGGCGGCGGGUUCGGGAUCUGGAUCUGGAGCGGGUGUGGGUGUGGGUGGUGCGGGGGCCUCCACAUCGCCCACAUCUGUGCAAAUACCGCACGGCGGCUUUGGCGGCGGCGCCUCUGGAGUUCCGCCGGGAGCAGCCGGAUCGACGGGGAGCACCCUCAACACGCUGAUGUCGCAGCAUCGCCUCCUGGAAUUCUCCCGAUUCGGCGGACUGCGUGGCUACGACAUUGCCCAGCACAUGCUAACACAGCAGGGAGCUGUCUCCAAGUUGCUAGGCUCGCUGCGACCACCGGGCUUAAUUGGUGGCUCAAAGCCCAAGGUGGCCACGCCGACGGUCGUCUCCAAGAUCGAGCAGUACAAGCGCGAGAAUCCGACGAUCUUCGCCUGGGAGAUACGCGAACGCCUGAUCUCAGAGGGUGUCUGCACCAAUGCCACGGCUCCCUCGGUGAGCAGCAUCAAUCGCAUCCUGCGCAACCGGGCCGCCGAGCGAGUGGCCACCGAGUUCGCCCGCACCGCCGCCUACGGCCUGUACCCGCCGCCCCCGCAUCCCUAUGGCAGCUUCACCUGGCAUCCGGCUGGCAAUGUUCCUGGUGGCCAGGGCGUCGUCCCCCCGCCACCGCCUCCAUCCGCCCUGUGGUCCGUGGCCGCUCCCACGCUGGCCAACCUGCCGCCCAGUGCGGCCAGUGCGGUGCCAGCUCCCACCUGCGGAUCCCUUAGCUCGGCCCACCUCAUGGCCGGCGGUGCAGGUGGUGGACCCACCAAUCGGGCCAUCUCACCCGGCUCGGGCAGCCAUGACACCCUGGAAUCGGCCGACGAGAACAGGCACAUAGACUCCGACUACCUGGAUGACGAUGAUGAACCAAAGUUCAGGCGCAACAGGACCACCUUCAGUCCGGAGCAGUUGGAGGAGCUAGAAAAGGAGUUCGACAAGUCGCACUAUCCUUGUGUCAGCACCAGAGAGAGGCUGUCCAGUCGCACCAGCUUGAGCGAGGCGCGUGUGCAGGUUUGGUUCUCCAAUCGGCGGGCUAAAUGGCGUCGCCACCAGCGCAUGAAUCUCCUGAAGCGUCAGCGCUCCAGUCCCGCCAAUCCGCUGCACUCGCAGCAGUCGAACGAUGCGCCGGCCGGUUCGCCCACGCCCAGUAAUCACAGUAGCGCCUCCACCUCCGCGCCAGUGGCUCCGGUGCCACCUCCUCAGCAGCCGAUGCCCCUGUGCGGGGAUCACUCGCCGCAGGCUCCGCCGCCCUCGGUGAUGCUGCACCCAUUGCACGGACCGCCAGGUGGCCACCAUCACCAUCAUCCUCUGCAUUUGCCCACGCAUCCGGCGGCCCUGCAACUCCUGAGCCACUACCAUCAGCAGCAGCAGCAGCAACAACAGCAGCAACAUCAGCAACAGCAGCAACUAUCACCCAGUGGAUGCAAUCCUGUGUCCAUGGGUGGGGAGAGGAGUGCCUUCCGCAGUCUGGUGAGCUCGCCCUCGGCGGCUGCCUUCCUGGGACUGGCCCGGCAAUAUGCCGUGGCCGCCUCGCUAACGGUGGCCGAGGAGCAACGCUCCAGAUUGCACUACUCCGCGGGGGGACUUACCCCAAGCGGAGGUGAGGGAGCAGGAGCAGGCGCAGGAGCAGGACUCGCUGGCGGCUCAACCAUGACGGUGGACAACUCGUCAUCCGACUCGGAUGAAGAGAUCAACGUGCACGACGAUUCGGAUGGUGAAAUUGAAUCGCCGGCGGCGGCGGCAAAGGUGGCCCGUCUGUCAUCCUCCGAUGCGCCGGCAAUACCGGCUACGAUGCAAUUCCUAAAGCAUGACCACCGCUAAGCGGCAACAUCUAAUUGAAAACUUGAGUUGUGCGCGCCUCUGUGAUUGACAGCAGCAACAGUAAUAGCCACAGCAACAGCAACUACUGUUUCAAAUUGCAAUUGUUGGGGAUUUGUUGGACUGAAACACGAGAAGCGACUAUACUUUUGUGGGCAAACAAAUCGAAAACCAAAGUUAAAAUGCUGCUCACCUACUUGGCUGCGGUUCGGGGUCGCUGAAAAAAAGCAACAACAGCAGCAGCAGCACGAGCAACAGCAACAACAAUAAUGGGCGACUUAAGAUUAGCUGAAAUUGUAACUAAUACUACGUACGAACACACGCUUGUCCCAUUUUAAUGCACAUACUAUAUACCCAUUGUAUACCCUCUAGUUAUGCAUAAUUACUAUACUUGUUCAUUCGCCGGCUGCCGACUUACCUCAUCACCAUUUAAGGCUAUAGCAUAUGCAAUAUAUAACUCUAUGUAACUCUAACUUUAAAUAGUCCUAAGCCAUCUAUUUAUGAAUGCGUAUUGCGUAAGUUUUAGUUUUGGUUGCGUUUGAACUGAUAUUUUGUAGAGUAAGUGUUUUUGGCUCAAAUCAAAAGGCAACCAAACUCCACUGAGUGAGAAACCAAUAAAAAGUGCAAGAAAUAA